CCCCCGUGUAAGAGUGAGGUGGAGGAGGACAUUCCAGUCCAUGUGACCACAGAAACCCCCGGUAAGAUCUUCAUGGUAUCACUGCAUUAUAAAGAAGAUGAAGAUAUCCCGUCACACUCUUCAAGAGAAAUCUAUAAUAUAUGUAAUGUAUAUCCGGGACCUCACAGUGCAGAUCUGUCAGAUAAUCCUCCUAAUCAUGAGGAACCUUCUUCUGAUCGAUCACAGAUUGUUACCACAAGUACGGGGCAGAAAGGGGGCAAAAAGUUUCAGUGUGGGGAAUGUGGAAAACUGUUUAAAAGCUGCUCAAGUCUUUGCAAUCAUAGAAAAAUUCACACAGGAGAGAAGCCAUAUUCAUGUUCCAAAUGUGGGAAAUGUCUUAAAGGUAAAUCAAGUCUUAUUAGACAUGAGAGAAUUCACACAGGGGAGAAGCCAUAUUCAUGUUCCAAAUGUGGGAAAUGUUUUAUCCAGAAAUCAUAUCUUGUUGCACAUCGGAGAAAUCACACAGGAGAGAAGCCAUAUUCAUGUUCAGUGUGUGAAAAACGUUUUACAAAAAAAUCUAAUCUUUUUACGCAUAAAAGAAUUCACACAGGGGAAAGGCCAUAUCCAUGUUCAGAAUGUGGGAAAUGUUUUAUGUAUAAAUCCCGUCUUGUUUCACAUGAGAGAAUUCACACAGGAGAGAAACCAUUUUUAUGUUCAGAAUGUGGGAAAUGUUUUACAAAUAAAUCAUAUCUUGUUAAACAUCAUAGAAGUCACACAGGAGAGAAUCCAUAUUCAUGUUCAGAAUGUGGGAAACGUUUUACAAAAAAAGAAAGUCUUGUUAUACAUGAGAGAAUUCACACAGGAGAGAAGCCGUAUUCAUGUUCAGAAUGUGGAAAAUGCUUUAAAGAUAAAUCAUAUCUUGUUAGACAUGAGAGAAGUCAUACGGGAGAGAAGCCAUAUUCAUGUUCAGAAUGUGGGAAAUGUUUUAUUACUAACGCCAAACUUAGGAUUCAUCAGGAGAGAAAUCAUUUUAAUGCUCCAUAGUUCUGCAGACAUUCCAUGGGCAAUAAAAGGGUUUCUUUUGGGGGGCGUGGCUUAUCGGCCGAGACCAAUGGCUGCGUGAAGAAACUGCUCUCGCACAUCAGCGACUUUUCCACAGCAAUCCCUUCACAUCCGCUACCCACAGUGGCUCAGAACCAAGUCCAAGAGACAAAUUCCCAGGCUAAGGAGCGAAAAUGUA